AUGUCCGUCAUUACUGUUUCUGAACCCGUACCGGACAUAACGGGUGUGGUUAAUAAUAUUUGUAUCCUCUGCGACUCGACAGGGGCGUUUGAAGAGGGUAUUCCUUACAAGAUGGAAGAAGACACUUCACUUGACGUACAUCAUUUGCUCUCCCUCAUGCGAGAUAUACUAAAGGAUCCAUUUCUGUCACCUGCCAUCCUCCAACUUGAGCGCGACAUAUACGAAAUCGUGUCAUCGCAGUGGAUUUUCUGCUUACGACAGUCGGCAAAAGGAGGUGCAGUCUGGACUGAUGGUGUAAUAGAGGUCCCGCUCACUACUGGCGGUGUAAUGGUGCCAGAAAACAUGUUUGAUAUCAAGGCUAUGGAAACUGAUAUAUUCAAAGCGCUUCUAAGUCUUUGGAGAUCUAUCGGAUCCAUAUCCGAUUCUUCAGCAGUCCAUCAAAUAUAUUACAACGAAUUUCAUAUUGUAAGUGUGAUGAGAGCUCUCUUCCUCAACACCAAGGAUAACUACUCUGGACGGACGUCGAAUGAAAUGACACGUGCUAACAGCAACAGUCUAUCCAUAGCCAGCAUGCCCUCAUCCAAAAAUGUGUUUUCAUCCCCUCCAGUGAUUGUAGUUGAUACAAUUGUUGGAUAUCUUGAUCUGAAGAGCAUCAAGUCAUUACGCCUAACCAACAGGGCCUGGAGAGAUUUAUGUUUAGGACCAUACUUUAAGUCCUUUUUUCACCAUCAAGUCACAAAUCUAACUACCGAAAGCCUCCGGUCUUUGAUACCACUUGCCCGCCAUCCUAUCCUGUCUCGAGCUAUCAGAAAGCUGACUAUCAUAGCGGAAGUCUAUGAUCCGUCGCUUCUAAAGAGAGUUCUCCGCACGAGGCGAUGUGAAGACCGAGCACGUAUCCCGCACCUGGCUGCUAGGGACUGUUCUCAAGAUGAGCUGAAGCAAGCAAAGUUGGAUCUAGAAUGGCUGGAAGCCCGAUCUUCGGCAUCUGAAAUUGCAGAUGAAGACAAUACAGCAAGGAGUCUGGCAGCUAUUCUCAACCACAUUGGGCAGUUAGAUACCAUUGCUUUGGAGGCUACCGCUAUAACCGCACCCCAUCCAGACACUUUCAGAACCCAGGGUGAUUGGCAAAUAAUCUGGGCUAAAGCAAGUCAGAUAUACCACAUAGUCAUGUUGGCCCUAUCUCAGAGCAGCAUUGUGAUGAACAAUCUGACUAUCUACCGUGAAACUAUUCGCUGCGCAGUACCUUGCAAUGAGAUAACUGCUAACAUGGAUAACCUUGAUACAAGAGGAUGUUCAUUAUCGACAGGCCAGUCAAUAAGAUGCCUUGCACUUGAUCUUUCCAUGCGGAUUGAUUCCAAUCCAGUAUUGACCGACGGCCUAGAUGGUGUCGCCCGUCUUUUGCAAAAUAUGCCAAACCUGGAAUCAUUGGUCCUCGGUCUACGUCGUACCGUUAGAGGAGAUGCCAGUUCUUACCACCGAUUUUUUGAUACAAUCGCCGAUACCGUCCGUCUUCCACUACUCAGUAAGCUUACGCUGCUGGGAAUAUAUACAACUUCAAGUUCGUUGUUACAAUUCUUGCAGAAUCACCAAGGUGUUAGAGAGCUGCAUUUAGAGAAGGUGGAUCUGACCUCUGGAUCAUGGAGCCCACUUUUCCAGUACUUUCAGGAAUCGCUAUCUCUAAGAAGACUCAUAUUAUCACGAAUCUCAUUAGCAGGACAACAUCUGAACCUACGGCCGGUUCCGGAUAACGAGGAUAGAAGUAGUCUAUGCGAUCCUGACUACUAUCACUGUAUCCGGGGUAUUUUUGUACACCGGCGUGAGUUUGAUGUGUUCGCCAUCCGGCAGGGCUUUCACUUCAAUCAAGAGUAUCAAGGCGCACCGAGUAAUUCACUGGCAUUCACUGCUUUCUUGAUCUAUGGUUAUGAAAUUAAAAACCUGACUAGUUUACAGAUGUCCCUAUAUAGUCCCAGUAGCUUGCAUCUGGGAGUGAUUGUCCAUCAUGGAGCGCCAUCAUGCAGGCGAAGUGAAUAUGAUAUAAAAUAUAAUUAUGAAUAUUACCCCGAUAAGUAUCAUCCUUACGACGCAUAA